AUGGACUAUGAGAAUCUGCCUCCUCCGCCGCCUUAUCCGGGCCUCCCCGUUUCCCAGCCUCCGGAAUUGCCCCUCCGACGCGCCCAAAGCUCGUCCGCACUGCCCAUCGGAGGAGGGCCACCGGCCGGCUCCCCUGGUCCGCCAUCACCAGGCUUCUCACCACAUCCCCCACAGGCCGCAACCCUCCCAGUAGAAUCAAAGCAACAAGACUCCAUCUGGAAGUCUGCCCUCGGAGAAGCCCAAUACUUCGCCUCGGGCCUCAUCUCCCAUCCCUCAGAAUCCACCCGCCACUACUCCAUCAUCAGACACACCCGCGCCCUCAUCUGGUACUCCGGCCCCUCCACCUCCGUCUCCAUCACCAUCCUCUCCGACGAGCCCCUCCCUCCCACACGCACCCUCUGGAUGCAGCAAAAGGGCUACUCGGGCAACAUGGGCAUGGCCCUCAAGGCCCUCGCCGGCACGACCUCGUCCUGGAUCAACGUCACGCCCGCGCGCCUCGCCACCGUAAACGACACACCCGAGGCAGACGAGCGCAGCAUCCAGCGCGAUCUCAAGCGCUUCGCAAAGAAGGCUUCAGGGAGACAAAAGAAGCACGUCCCCCGCGAGACGCACAUCGUGCGCAUACCGGCCACUGCAUCAGAUGGGUACUUUCGCCUCGUGCUGUGCGGAGGAAGUGAGGCAGGCAAGAAGGUGCUCUGCGGGAGUCCCAUCUUCAGGGUGGCGAGUACGUCUGCCGAUGUGAGCGUCGUCAGGGGCGCGAGCCUGAGUACCAUGCCACUGGAGAUGGGCGUCAAAGUCGCAAGUACGAUAGGCCAGGCCAUGGCGAACAAGUACAUUGGCGUGGCGAGCGCGGUGGUGAACAGCCAGGUCGGCAGCAUCGUGACGAAUUCGACCGUCAAAAAGGUCAGCACAGUAGCUAUCCAGAGCUACCAAGUUUCCGGCGUGGGAGAUGCCGUCCAGGAGAGCUGGCAGAGGCAAAGAAGCCAGCAGGAGAGAUACGACUCGCUCAUGGUGAAUGUGCCGGUGAUUCACAUGGUUGGUUCAGAGACCGGCCCUGAAGCGCCGUUCCCAGUCAAGUUUGAUGGAAAGGUCGUUCUAGGAACGGGAAGAUCAAUGGCAGAACUGGGGAUACCAACGGCAAAUCUGAGUGGUGUUUCGGAUCAGGUGAAGCUGCGUAUGGGAGGCGUUUUUGCGGCUUGGGCAUGUAUACAAAUACCCAGGGACAACAACGGCGAGUCAAACGCAGUGGUGGAUGACAUGCUGCCUACAGACUGGGUCGAAGCUGUCGUCACUAUAGCACCGUCCAGGCACGCUCCCCCUUCCGUCGCCAUGAAGAACAGCGUCACAGUCCACAUCAUCCACGACUUUGAAGAAGCACACUUCAUCGACGCCAAACUCAAGGUCAUCCUCAUGGGCUUCCUCCACCCAGCGGCUCCUCCACACAGUCCGCCAGACCAUCUCGCAGCCGAACACUCCCAAGAUGUGAUGAACACGCUCGCCAGUCUUGGCCGCGCAGCAUGGGGCCCGCACGACACGGUGGCCAUGAUGAAGAGCGUCAAAAGCAGCCGCAGUCUCGGGGAGAGGCUGGAUGACACAACGGGUAAGGUGGUGGCGCAGGUGGACAAGAUUCCGCUGCAUUGGGCGGGCGUAAGGAGUGAGGUUGGGGUUUUGCAGGAUAAGGCGUAUGGGAAUGGGGGGAUGUGGAUUGUGAGGUGA